AUGUGAGCACAACACCGGUACAUGCUUUGAAAACAAAACGCACGCAUUUGCUCUGGGAGAAUUUCUGCAUUGCAGAAAUAGGACCUGCCAUGGAAAAAGCUGGUGAUGCUACAACCUCUGGCAGUUCUACUGGAUCAGGAAGUGCAACAAAGAGGAAAAAGGUGUACAACAUGGAACCUCGCACCCCCUUGAAGAGGCAGCGAAUCCCAGUGGAACGCUUCCAGUCCCCUGUGCUGGAGGAUGGAACCCCCAAAUUGAAGCCCCCAAAGGAAGAAAUCCUCAUUCAUUACAAGAAGGGAGCCUUUCUAGCUGUCCGUGGAGCUGAGAAUUCAUUCUACUUGUGCAAGUCCCUGCAGAAUGUGACGAACCACACGAAGCGAUUCAACAUUCAGUGGUUGUCUCUAGACCAGCCGCCAAAUGUUUACAAGAUCGACUACAUCGAUCACACAGAGAUAGAAACUAUUUUAACUAACGUUGACAUGGACCGGAUUGCAAAGGACACAUUUCGCUUACCUCAUUCUGAAAAAACAAGAACUGAAAAGGUCCUGCAGAAGGCAAUAAAAGCUGAACUCGGUGAACCAGUUGAGGAGGAAGAAGAGGUACAGGGAGAAACUGAAUCUGAAGAAGAUGAAGACAGUCCCAAAAAAGCAAAACUGACCAAGAUAAAGCCACCAAAGACGAAGGCUCAAUUGAAAAUUGGAUACCCGCAAAGUUCAGGAAGUAAGAAAGAUACAAAAGAGAAGAAGAAAACCCCGUCAAAACCAAAAGGAAAAGACCAGAAACCAGCAAAAGGAUCCAAAGUUAAGAAAGAGUCAAAGGUUAAGAAGGAAUCCAAGAAAGGGCCGGACAGAAAGCUGAAGCCAAACCCGAAAAUUAAAAUUCUGGAAAAAGAUCCAUUUUUUAAUUCAAAACAGAAAUUCCCGUUCAUAUCGAUUCCCGUCCAGUCGAAACUUGUUUUCCGGGCAGUAGGUCUGGAGGACAUGGAAUUACUAAAUGAAUUAAUAGCCAGUGAAAGUAAAGUAUACCGGUUGGAUAUUACACGAUCGGUUGAAAAUAAGAAGACAGCCAUUGAUUUGGCUUUGGAGAUGGGGAACAAGGAAGUUUUGAAAACAUUGCUAGAUGAUAUAUUCGACCCCAAAAACCCAAGACAUAAAAAAAAUAAACCAAAAUGUCUCAUUGAAACUGUUUCCACUGGCAGAUAUAACCCCACAUCUCUGAAUGUGUUCAAUAUUCGUGAACUCAACAUGAGCAGAGGUGGCAAGGAAGGAAAUAAUGCCUUUACAAAAGAUUUGCUGGAUGAGUACGAGUACAAGAUGAGUCAGUAUUGUAACACGGCACUGCGGUGUGGGGUCGAUAUGGACGUGCUGGAAAUACUCGUCUCCUGUAACAGCGAGUUUGAGUCGAGGGAUGAUAAGAUGGAGAACUUCUUGAACCACAUUCACAUGGCGGUUGCUCACGGUCAGCAGAAACUGGCCGGCAAGUUGAUAGAGGAGGCCGAGAGACGCGGAGGAUUUGGCUUUAAUUUUUUACACAAAGAGGUAUUAAAUUUAAAUGGGGAAGACUUGCGGCCUAACCUCCUUGUGGCAUCGGUGAGGAAAAAACCGUUCCAGAACCGUGGAAUAACACCCAUUCACUGUGCAGCUAUCAACCCCAACAGCAAGUACCUGUCUUGUCUGCUUCAAGUGGAGCCGGACAUAAACAUUGUCGACAAGAGUCAGCGACGCCCACUCCAUUACGCAGCGGCUUGUAGCGGGUCUGCACCGCUGGAGCUUCUCCUGUCCAGGGGUGCUAGUGUCACUGAUGCUGACAAUCAGGGAAACACGGCCAUCCAUUUUGCAUGCAUGGCUGGGAGGGCAGCAAACCUUGAUAUCCUUCUCAAAAAAGCCAAAACAGAAACAAACAGUCUGGGAGAAGGAAUGUCAGCCAAGUGGGGUCCAGGUGGGGUAAACCGUCCAAAUAGAAACUCAUUAUGUCCCAUGCACCUGGCUGUAGAAAAUGGCUAUGCGGAUGUGGUCAAGAUUUUGCUGAAACAUGGAGCCGAUGUAAACAAACAAGUAUCAGCAUCAAAGUUCAAAAGGUCACCACUAAUGAUGUCCGCAGAAAAGGGAUUCCUCGAUAUUGCGAGAUUACUCGUUCAGAAUGGUGCUGUUGUAGAGCUGCCAGACAAGUUAAAAAGAACAGCUCUGUUGCAUGCUGUAAUGAACGGCAACAGCACGGUGGCGUCGUACCUCCUGUACCUGGGAGCUGACCCCAACAAGGCAGACUCCUCUGGAAACACCCCUGUUCACUACGCAAGUGCCUAUGGCUGGUACUUCUGUCUGAAGAUGCUCGUUUCGGAUGCAGGAGCCGAUCCUAAUGUAGUCAAUGUUUGGAAGACUAGUCCAGUAGCCAUUGCAUUUUUGAAAGGUCAUUUGGGAUUGGUGGAUUUUCUACUGACUCAACAAGAUGUAGAUAUUAACUUCAGGGAUGAUAAUGGUUUAACUCUAGUCAGUGUGGCGUGCUCCAGCCGUGUGGAAGCCAGCUUGUCUGAGCAGGUGGAAUACCUCAUUAACGACAAAGGAGCCAAUCCAGCCUUACCUGAUCUCAACAAACUCACAGCUCUACAUCAUUUGGCUGCCAACAACAUCAAACUUGGGGGCACAGAUAUGCACCCAACGGUCAGCGUUGAUGCCAUGGAGACGAGUGUGAAGAUUGCCAAACUGCUCAUUGCUAAAGGGUGUGACCCCAGUGCCAAGACCAAGGACGGAAAAACUCCACUGAUGCUGGCUAUAGAGAGGCUGAACGUGAAGUUGGUGAAGUUUCUGGUUGAGCAUGGAGGGACGGUGUCGGCCGAGAAAGACAAGGAUGGGAAGAAUGUUCUCCACAUGAUGGCUGAACAGUGCAUGACCUCUGACCUUGCGUCUCUCCUCCAGAUCCUAUCAGAACAGAAACCAAGCACGGAUGAAGUUAAACGUGCUGAGCCUAUGGAAGUUGAUGAUGACAAGGUUGUGAAAGUGAAUGGAGAGGUGGAUACAGAAAACGAGGUUCUCAAAACCAUGGUGGAAGAUACGGACAACCUCGGAAUGACUCCACUGUUACGGGCGUGUUACGUUUAUAAGACAUACGCGGUACCUCGGUCGAAGAUGUCCGACAAGGAGCUGGAUCAUAUUUACCAGUACGGUCGUGACUUCAUCCGGGUUCUCAUUGAGCUGACGGGGACUGAUGUGAACACAACGAUACAGAAAAAACAUUUUGUCGACAAGAUCCCAGACACGGAAAAGGAUCAGUAUGUUAAAGAAGGCCAGUACUCAAUGGCCCACCUCAUGGUGGAGGCUAAGGAUCGACCCGCUGUGGUGGAAGGCGUCCAUGUUUCCCACCCUGGGCUGAAGCUGGUUCUCGACCAUGCACCCAACCUGGAGAUUCGUAACAUCGCAGGACUGACACCUCUCAUGAUGGCCGUUGAGGCUCAGAAGGAUAACGUUGUCAAGUUGUUGCUGGAGAAUGGUUCGAACCCAAAUGUAACUUACAAGCUUGACGACGGAGCUGAAGUGACCCCUCUCCUUACUGCAGCUAGACAUGGCAAUGCGAGCUGCUUGAAGCACCUGGUGAACGUGGGAGCCAACGUUAAGGUCACACACAGCAAGACUCGCAAGACUCCGCUUCAUUACGUCGUCCAGAGCAGAGAUAAUGAAGCCAACACACUGUUGAUGGCGAAGAGCCUGCUGAUGGCUGGUGCGGAAAUCAACGCUGUUGAUGAAGACAAGUGCACCCCGCUGCAUCUGGCUGUCGACGGCAACAAGGGCACGUCGAAUGCGAGCACAGACUUGGAGGAGUUCCUCGUUGAGAAGGGAGCCGAUGUGUUCGGUCAGGACGGGCGCAAACGCUUUCCUCUGCACUACGCCUUUAUCAGGAUUAACAGACCAGUGGAGUCGACGUUGCUUGAUCCAAUUGAGCUGUGUAGUUUACUGACGGCAGCCAUGAGGGACAAGCGGAUUGAUGAAGCCGAUUCAUUCCAGCACACUGCGCUUCAUCUGGCAGCAUUCCGCGGGGCUACUAUCUGCUGUAUGCACUUGUUACAGCGACAAGCUCAGGUCAGUCGUAAAGACAAAGACGGAAACACGCCUCUUUCCUUGGCCGUCCUCAACAAACACGACAGUUGUGCUAUAAUGCUGAUACAGAAGGGUGCGAGCGUCACAGAAAGAAUCCAUGUUCCGUCUUCUGUUGAAGAUGGGACUAAGAAAGACGGUGCAGACAAUGACAGGAAGAAACAAAGACUCGUUCUGAAAUGGAGGCCUUUACAACAGUGGGCAAAAACAUUUGAAGAAAAGGAAAUAUACACAAUCUUUCAGGGUGCUAUAAAGUCUGAGCUACAGGGAGUUGCACACAUGGUUCUGGACAAGACGGGAAUGGAUUUCAAUUCUGUGCAGAGUGCUCUUUCUGCGGGGAAGUACAACGUGUUGCUGCGCUUGUUGAAGAGGAUACCAGAUACCAGGUGUCUCCAUGCGACAAACUCUCAAGGUCAGAACCUGUUCCACUUGCUGGGUCUCAAAACGAAGCCAGACGUCGACAUAGACCUACAGCUGAAGGUUGCCGAAGUGCUGAGACAGAAAGGAUGUCCAGUUGGAGUAAGAGACCACUACGGGUGUACCCCACUUCAUUACGCCGCGCUGCGCCAUCACUCACCCAAACUUGGCAGCUUUCUUAUUGAAAAUGAUCCCACUUUAAAUUUAAGGAAGACUGACAAUUUUGGGAGAGAUGUUUUAGCAGCAUUUUUGUGGGAUUUUGGGAAAAUUACCUCUAGUAAAAUUCCAGAAAAAGUAACAAACUGGAUGGAGAUGUUGUUUAAGAAAGGAGCGGUGGUAGAUAUUCGCUUCAAUCGGCCGCUGCCUGACCCUCUUCUGUUUGGGACGGCGAUAUUCGACAAGUGUCCCGACUAUUUCUCUACGAAGGAGGACACCGCAACGUCACCCCUGAUCCUCGCGAUUCACCACUACUACUUUGGCAUGGCGCAGUACCUGUUGGAACACAGUGCAUCCCCAAACUUCCCCGACAGUCGCGGUAUCACGCCACUGAUGCACGUGGCUAAGAUGAAUGAUGUGCAACUGGCCAAGCUGCUGCUGAAUCACAGCUACAACCCCGACACCGAUGACGUGACGAGUGACUCGUCGAAACCACAGCUGAUGAAGAAGAUGUCGCGCAACGUGUUCGUGCUGAAACCCGACGGCACGCCCAGCCUGGACGAGGUGAAGGAGACAGAGGAACAGGAAUCCGACAAGAGUGUGUCCGAGGAAGGUAACCAGGAAGAUGAGGACGUCCAAGAGGAAUCAGGUGUUGAAGAAGAGCCAGACGAUAGGGCUGAAGAUGAUGAUGACAGUGUUGACGAUGAUGACUUCAGUGAGCACGAUGACAGUGAUCACGACACUGACAUCGUGGACAGUGCCAGCGACACGGAAGAUGAACCACAGCUGACAGUACUCGGCUCCAAGAAGUUAUCACUACGUAAAGAACAGAGUCUGAGAAAGAAAGAUUCGUUUGCGAUGGUGGAGAAGACGAGCUCAGUGAACCUGGACUACCUGGACAGCCAGGGCUGGACGGUCAUCCACCACCUCGUGUGUCCACUCAGUCUCGGCACCUACGACAACGAACAAAUGCUGUAUGUGCUGGCUAAAGCUGGUGCACUUUUGACUGUGAAAGACAAUGCAGGUUUAUCUCCCUUGAACCAUGCCUUAAUUCGGGGAGCUCCAAGAAUUGCCAGGCAGCUACAAAAGUUGAUGAAUAUAGAAGCAGAGAAGCAUGAGAAAACGACAUUUGUCUCGUUUGAGGUGUCCGACGGGCUGGAUGCCAGCAGCAGUAACGUGGAGUUUAACUCUGACGCAGACAAGAUGGUGGAAGAGUUGGACAAAGCCGUCAUGGACGUUGAGGAUAAAACAGAAAUGAUGCUGAAAGCUGACAAAUACUGUAACAUCCGGAAUAUUGGUGAGGUACUGCACGACAAGAAACAGAACAUUCCAUACAGUACCACCCUGUCCAAAGUGGACGUAAGCAGUGGUACUUUUGGCAUGUACAACUUCUACAAGAUGCAGAUUGUGGUACAAAAAGGGAAAGAAAUUUAUGUUUUGUUUACACGGUGGGGUCGUAUUGGCGACCCAGGUCAGUUCCAGCACACUCCAUUCCAGAAAGCGGAAGAAGCUAUCAAGGAGUUCUGUAAAAUCUUCAGGUCAAAGACGGGCAAUGACUGGAACCAUUUAGAUAGUUUUGAAAACCAUCCCAAGAAGUACCGUUUGAUUCCAUAUGAAGAUAAACGGAAAAAAGCUCACAAAAUUCAGUUUGAACUGAAGUCUGACCGACCUUCAAAGCUGCCAUUGUCUGUUCAGGAUAUUGUAAAAGAAAUGAGUGGUGUUGAAAUGCUCACAGCAUCUGUAAAGAAAGUGGGUCUUGAUCCAGACUUCAUGCCGUUCGGUCGCAUUAAGAAACCAUCUCUCAUUUCAGCAAGAUUGUUGUUGCAAGAAAUCGGAGAGCUGAUCGAAACUGUCAAAAAGCAGCAAAAAAAUAUGUUGAAUACAAACAUGCAGGAAUACCACAGCAACUGUGAACAGAUCUCAAAGCUGACAAGUGAGUACUACCACUUGAUUCCAGUCGGUGGGUUCGAGUAUGAGCAGAUUCGACCCAUUGAAAAUAAGGCAAUGUUAAAGAAACAUCUGAGACUCGUAGCUGACUUAAUGGACCUUGAAGUGGCAAGCAAGAUGUUGCUUGGAGCUCAGUAUCGUCUUAAAGACACAAACCCCUUGGAUUACAUCUAUCGAGCUAUUGGUUGUCAGGUGCAGCCGCUAGUGCCCGACAGUCUCGAGUCGCAGUACAUUCUCACAUGCAUCCAGUCUUCAAGUCGAGAUACAAAAGUACACUCCUUGUUCAAACUGUCCCGUCCCGGAGAAGAUGCCCGACUGGCCGCUUUGAAGCUCGAUAAUCAUCAACUUCUGUGGCACGGCAGUAACCUUGGUAACAUGAUGAGUAUUCUACACCGCGGGCUGUUGAUAGCACCCGUGGAGGUCCCCAUCACAGGACACCUGUUUGGAGAGGGCAUCUACUUCUCGGACUGUUUCUCAAAGAGCAGGAAUUACUGCUACAACUAUAGCCCCGAGUCGGAUUGUCAGCUAAUGCUGCUCUGUGAGGUUGCCUUGGGCAGGACCAAAGAACGUCUAUUCCUGGAUGAAGAUGAGGAUGAUCAUCUGGAUCCUGAUAUCAACAGUGUAAAGGUCAUAGGUCGCAGGCAGCCCGACCCUGAAUUUGAUGUCACAUUACCUUUUGGACCCCGGAUGUCACUGGGACCUCUGAGAGAAGUGAGUUACGAAAAGAAACCGCAUAUGAUGGACAGCGAAUACAUAGUACAUGACGCCUCUCAAGUUUGUCUACGAUAUCUCGUGCUGUUCUCAAACUAGACGACAUUCAGAACACAAAUAGCAUUCCUUGUGAACACUGGUUGUUUAUAUUUCUGUUCAUCGCUCUACAACAUAUGUGGACUCGAAAGUAUCGGUGUUAUUUUUAUUGAAACAGCUUGGUGCAGUUGAAAGAUAGUGCUGAUUCUUCGAUUGUUUUCUGGCUGUAAAGUAAAGACUGAUCGUUAAUUUCAUAUGACUGCUUGAAAGCAGAGGACAAAUGAAAUGAAAGAUAAUUUUAACACUGGAUCAUUGCUGUGUGACGAAACUGUGCAACAAUGCUGUAUUAACUUUGUGAACAUACCAGAUUUGUUUUCAAGAGAUAUAUUCCACCAGAUUAGAAAAAACAAUGGCUGAUACAUUUUUGAUGCGUUGAUCAUUCAGUUUAUUUCUUGAUGUAUGCUAAUAACCAUAAACUUUUCGCACAUUUCAUACAUAUCACUUUGAUUAUCAUAUUACAUUUCGGUAUGUAAUAAUAGAUGGUGCAAAAACUGUCCGCAUUUCUCCUCUAUUUCUCUAUUCCUGUUUUAAAAAAUGAUUAAUCUCAACCUUUAAGUUAUCAGGAAGUACUUUAAGACAAACUGUUUGCUUAUGAACAUUUGUUUGGCUUCAGUCUGAAUUCGAACUGAGAUUUGGUAUUGUUUUCAGGGCUUCUAGAUCAUGGUAGCUCCACUCUCAUAACUAGUAAUAUUCAGUGUUGGGCUAGUGGCAAUGGCAACUGAAAUGUUUUGAUCAAAUGUUACAGUUAAGUCUAUUUUGUAAAUAUGAAUAUUCUGCCCUCACUCUAACUCCCAAUUGUAGUGUUUUCAAGCUCUAUCUAUCUGUUUAGGUGACAUAUCUGAUUAUCUUAUUAUUUACUAAAAAUGUUAUUAACUUAAAGUGAAGUAGGGCUAGUAAACAAAAUUAAAUCACCGAUCCCAUGGCUAGUGGAUUUUAAAUUUUUUCUAGAGAACCUGGUUUUACUAGUUCAGAUUGGCUUUUUUUUUUCUCUCUUGAAUUGGUUUGAGGUGUGUACACAGUUCAUAUCUGUGUUCAUGUUUAAGUCUUCAUUUGCAGGUCUGUGCCUGUAGAGUUGUUAAUGAAGGUAUAUGGGAUGUGUUCACAGUUGAGUAUUUGUGUUCACAUUUAAAUCUUCAUUGGUAGGUUUAGAGUUGUUUAAUAAAUGGAAUAUCCACCAUUUAGCCUUUCGUAGGUUGGAUGCUUGUCUGUCAAUAGUUAAGUGGAAAUUGUUUUUAAAGCACCCAGUAAUAUAUUAUAUAAAUUGACAAUGUGACAAGCUAACCAUUUCAUACAUUUAUACUUUAACCGAGAAGAAACUGAAUAGACUUGCUCUCUUUCAAACUUAAUCAAAUCUAAUAGGUUGCCUUAAGAGCAUUGAAAACCAAGGAAAAAAGUGAUUGUCCUUUCAGUUCAGCUAGUUGCCAGUUAUAUACAGAAUAAUGCAGGAUUUGGGGUAGGUGAGGCGUGGACAACCAGGUAUCGGACUACACACAUCUGUAACACACUGGGAGUAACUAGGAGCUUGCUGGAAAUUUACAAACAAAAUCCCAUUCAGGACUUCACCCAUUUGCCUCUCCCCCCUCCCCCCACCAAAUCCUGCACCUUCAUUGGCCCAUGGUUAUUUUAGAAACUACAUGUAUAGCUGACAGGAAUUUAACCAUCACUCAAGAUGUUAAAACAGUUUAGGUUGUGUUCAGUCUUGUAGAUGUGAAUAACAAAGUGAGAAGCAAAAAAAAAAGAGUCAAAUUUCUGUUAGAAUCCAGCAACUUGGGUUGCUUUAGUGCAUGUGCAGAUUGAAUGUGGUGAGUGUUUCCUUUUGAAGUUCAUUAAAUGUACAUCAUCGUCUUCUGAAGUUCAGUAUAUUUACUUCCUCUUUGUAAACUGUGAAGUUAUUACUAAUAAUGUACAUGUCCAUGUAAAUACGGUACUGAAGAUAAUGAAUUACUUUCAGAAAUAUCAAACCUUUGUAAUUAAUUUCCAUUUACAAUUGUAAAAUUCUUAGAUAUACAUGAGACUAGUUUGAUUUAUUUGAUAAUUUUAUAUAUGGUUAUUUUAAUAUAUGCACUGUUAGUAUGUAGUUUUAUAUUUUCCUUUGAUGAACCCCGAUAUAACAGGUUUUUGUCUAGACUAAAAUUAAUGCCAGGCAGAACCAAUUUUUGUGAAGUAAGAAAAACAUUUUGUUAAUAUGGUUGGGCAAAAAUGCUUAAAAGUGCCUGGUAGCUUUACUCGGCACGGCCUGGCAACAGCACUCUGACAUCACGAUUUUGUUGUGCAUUUAACUAAUACAAUAACAGAAACAUAAAAUGGUGAUAAAUGUUGUCUAACUAGUGAUUUGACUAAAGUUUAUAGUUUACAUUACCAUUCUGUAUUGUUGGCAGCUCAAGACAGAUCAUUCUUAAAUUAUGAACAAUAAUUUUGAACUUGCUGUUUUAGUCUCCACAUUAAUGUGUCCGUUAAAUUUGUGUGUUGUAUUUCUUUAUAACAUUUUGUCCUUUGUUUUUAUCCUUUUAAAGAAUUAGUGUGGUUUCAUUUGCUUCAUAUACACAUGUUAAUACAAAAAAUGCAGGUAUUUCUAUUUCUGGUAUUAUUGCCAUUGCUGUAUACUUACAAUAAUUCAAUUCUGUGUUAAAGGACCUUUAGUCAGACAUUUUAAAGCCUAUAAAAGAAACACCAUAGAAGACAAUGUUAGAUAGAAUAUGCAAGACAAUUUUUUUUUUAAGUUUAAAAAAAAGGCAAUAUUGUGUUUAUUUACAUGUUUAUUGUCUAAAUGAUCAUUUGAUUUCAUUUUGGAGGGAUAAACUGAGUGUUGCUUUGCAUUAACAGUUAUAUUUACACUAUCUGUUUGCAAAUGUCAUCACUACUUAAGUAUGUCCACCAAUGGCACAAUUUUAAAAGCUUUUGAUAAAUGAAGUAAGUAAAAAAGAAAGUUUUACGCCAAACCAAUGUAUGGUAUGUGGAGCAUUAAAUUGUUUGCAAAUCAUGUUUAUGUCGAGUUUAAAUUUGUUGGUUAUUUUUUUAUUAUUAUUAUUAUUAUUUUAUUUAUUUUUUGUAAAUUAAUUCCAGUUUAUUUUAAUACAUGCUAUAUUUCAUAUAAUUUUUGUGUUACUGGAUGUUAAGUGGGUGUUAGCAAGAUAUUAUUAAUAUUGUUGUGAUUUCUUAUAAUGCAUCCUUAUUCUAUGUGGGACUAUGUUGUGUAAUACAGGGUAGGGAGGGUUUGGUGAAUCUAAAAUUUAAAUCCUAAAUUUUCCCAAAACAAUGUGAAAGCAAACUUGAUCAGUGUUAUUAAUUCUGACAUAAGUAGUUUGCAUUUGACUGCAUCAUGUGGAAACAUUACAAGUAGAGUUUUAUGAAGCAAGUGUCAGAUACCACAUGUUAGUAGGAUUUCCUUUUUCUUCUUUUCUCUUUUCAAAUUGUUGUAAAUGAAUUUCAGUUUAAUUUAGUAUGCUAUAAUGUAUUUAAUUUUGUGGUUACUGUAUUUUCAGUGGGUGUUUGCUAGAUAUUAAUAUUGAUAGGGUUUCUUUUAAUUAUUGUAAAUGUUUGUAUUUGCAUUAAAUAUAUAUUUUAUAUUGCAUAUAUUUGACUGGAAUCAAAUGGAUCAAACUAUUUUACACUGUAUGCCAAAAAACAACAAAAACAGAUGACUUUUCAUUGUUGUAUUAAGUGUUGUGAAUUAUGUUUAAGAUUUAGAAGAUAUUUUUGUUCUUGGGACAAAAAUAUAUAUUGAAUUUUGCCUAUAAGAUAUGAAUAUACAUUCUUACAUUUAAGUCGACUGUAACUUUAUGAGCACAGCUACUAAAUGUGUGUGUGCCUUGGUGUGUGUAAUAAAUCUUAUAUAUGUAUGGCGUGUUAUAUUAAAUUUACAGCUUACAAACCCCAAGCCAUUAAGCAAGCCAGGGUUUUAGUGUUUGUAUUUAGUCAAAUAUUUUAUAAUGACAAUUGUUUGGAAAUUUUCAUAUCCUUGUUUUAUAAAUAAUUUUGAUUUUCACAACUUGGUCAUUCAUAUACUAAAGGCAUGCAUUCAUAACAAAACUAAACAAAUUUAUUUCUGUGCAUGGUUUUUUUUGUUCUUCUUCCUUUCUGUCUUUUGUUUUUUUAAACAGGAAUUUUGUUUGAUGCAUGUUUUAGUAAUCACAAUUUUUCUGUUUAGAAUAUUGUUUUAUUUUUGUAAAAUAUGAAGCAUUGUUCACAUUUAGAAGAGUAAAUUUGUAACUUAAAGACAUUUUACUGUGUACAUUUCUAUAUCCGUGUGUAUCAGCGAAAUGUAUUUCCCUGUUGUAUUAUGUAUGUGCGUUGAUGUCUAAUGUCCUGUAUUUAGCACCUAAUGGAUCUGUACUGAACUUGUCAUUUGUCAAUACCCAUGUGCUCAUUGUCUGUGUAGAAGCCACGUCUCAUCACCGAGUUCACUGGCACUGUGAAAUCUAGUGAAAUAAAAAACAUAAAAUAAA